AUGAACUAAAAAUAUAUUAUAUUUUGUUUAAAUUUUAGAUAUUUGAUUCAGAACCUAAAUAUAAAUAUAAGGCAGCUCUAAACAAAAUUAUGUUGCAGCUAAGGAUGCAGUGUGUCAUAUUAAUAUGAAUAGAAGAGUGUAUAGUAUAGAUUUACACCUCAGGUAGAAACAGCAUAUUUACUAUAAGAAUUAAAACAAUAUUUCAUUCUGGUUUAUAAGGAUUACUUAAAAUAAAAAAUAAGACAAAUGACAAUUUAUUAUACCUGGCUAUAGAUGUUUUGUAAGUGUUCUACUUUCUUACAUGAAUUAAUUAUAGAAAGAAAUUAAAGAUUCGAUAAACAAAUAAUAUUCUAGAUAUAUAUAUAUCUACCAUAUAUUAAUAGAAAUAUUUUUAAUAGAUGUUAUAUAUUAUAAAUAAAAAAUAAUUUUAAUAAGGUAAAAGUAUAGCAGCUAUUAUGA